AGGCCACACCUGUGUUGCGCUGCCCGCUUGCCAACUUUAUGUAUUUUUUAAUUUUUUUUUUCGCAACUUUGUGAUGCCGGUGGCGUCCGCUCGUUCCGCGUCCCUGCAGUAAAACGGUAUUGGUCGUAUUGGCGGCUACGCGUACGUUAUCCUCGACUUUCUUCAAGUUAAGGCAUAACGCAUAACGGACAAAGUGAGUAGAAGAAAAACAGAACCAUCUAACUUCGCGUGCUUCGUUGGUGAACCACAGCGUGUUUGUCGUGUGUUUUGUGCUCGUGCGUGCGUACGCAUCAGCGGGACCGUCCUGGCCCAAGUGCGCGCGUCAUACUUGUCCGAGCAAUUCAAAAGCCAACCCCGCGAGGAUCACCGGCGGCUACCUGCCGUUAAGCAACAUCGCGUGUCAUGAAUACGUCGUCGUGGAAUCGGCUGGCCGAAGAGCGCCGCGCGAACGCGACGUCCGCACAAGCCAUGGUCCACGACGCUGCUUCGGUGGCAAGAAGCGGCGCUGCCGACAUCGCUGGAGGACCACCUGCCCCGACACCCAGGGGUCCUGGAGCCGCCGGCAGCAGCGCCGAGGAACAGGCCCGUCGGAAGACGCGUAAGAAGCGGCGUAGGGUCGACGUCAGGACCGACAGCGACCGGGCCGACGUCUCCUCGGAGCUCCCCGACGCCGCCGAAAGCGAUCCGCCCAUGCGCGCAGCCGUUGAGAACGAGGUCGAGGAGGUCGAGAGCGACCAAGAGGACCUGAGCGGGCUCGAGGGAGCCGCGUUCCAGAGCAGGCUACCCUUCGACAAGAUGACGGCGCAGGAGGCGGCCUGCUUUCCCGACAUUGUGCAGAGCGCGCUGCAGACGCAAAAGAUCUUCCUGCACAUCCGCAACCGGCUGCUCCAACUGUGGCUCGAGAACCCCAAGCAGCAGCUGAUCUUCGAGAACGCGCUGCCCCAGAUGGAGCCACCGUACAACAGCGACGCCCCACUGGUGCAUCGAGUCUUCUCCUACCUGGAGCGCCAGGGACUCAUAAACUUCGGUGUGUUCGAGCGCCCCAGGCCGGGGCUGCUCAAGAAGCACGGCAAGGUGAUUGUCAUCGGCGCCGGCAUCUCGGGUCUGGCCGCGGCGCAGCAGUUGCAACAGUUCGGCAUCGAGGUUCUCGUGCUCGAAGCGCGGGACCGCGUCGGCGGGCGCAUCGCCACUUUCCGCAAGGGCGGCUACGUCGCCGACCUGGGCGCCAUGGUGGUGACUGGCCUCGGCGGAAACCCCAUCACCAUACUCAGCAAGCAGAUAAAGAUGGAGCUGCACAAGAUUAAGCAGAAGUGCCCGCUUUACGAGUCCAAUGGCACCACGGUUCCCAAGGACAAGGAUGAGAUGGUGGAGCGCGAGUUCAACCGUCUCCUCGAAGCCACGUCGUACCUGUCACACCAGCUCGACUUCAACUAUGUCCAGAACAAGCCCGUGUCGCUGGGACAGGCCUUGGAGUGGGUCAUCAAACUUCAAGAGAAGAGCGUAAAGGAGAAGCAGAUUCAGCACUGGAAAGCUAUCUUGGAGCUUCAAGAGAAGCUCAAGGAAAAUCACACAAAGCUCAUCGAAACACGCGAGCGUAUUGAAGAGCUCAACCGAAUUCACCGAGAGUCAAGCGAGCUCAAGCAGCGUGACGUCACACAGGAGUUUGUCCACAGGAGCCGCAUCCACGACCUGACUCUCGUGUGUCGCGAGUGGGACCAGCUGCUUGAGCAACAGAGGGAGAUUGAGGACAAGCUCGAGGAAUUGGAAUCAUCGCCACCCAGCGACGUCUACCUCUCUUCCCGUGAUCGUCAAGUCCUGGACUGGCACUUCGCAAACCUGGAGUUUGCCAACGCCACGCCACUCAACAAUCUGUCUCUGAAACACUGGGACCAGGACGAUGACUUUGAGUUCACGGGCAGUCAUCUGACCGUUCGCAACGGCUACUCCUGUGUCCCCGUGGCCAUGGCCGAGGGCUUGGACAUUCGCCUCAACACUGCAGUCAAGCAGGUCUACCUGUCUGCCACGGGCGUUGAAGUCACGACGACCAACACACGAACCAACUCGGGCCUGGCCACAUUCAAGGCAGACGCAGUUCUCUGCACCCUGCCGCUCGGAGUUCUCAAGCAGUCGAUAGUCAACAAUCCAAACCUGCUCAACACGGUGCAGUUCGUGCCUCCGCUGCCAGAAUGGAAGGCAGCGGCCAUCGCACGUCUGGGCUUUGGCAACUUGAACAAGGUUGUGCUUUGCUUUGACCGCAUAUUCUGGGACCCAAACUCAAACCUUUUUGGACAUGUUGGUAGUACAACAGGAAGCCGGGGUGAGCUGUUUCUGUUCUGGAACCUCUACAAGGCGCCUGUGCUCCUGGCAUUGGUCGCCGGCGAGGCGGCCACCAUCAUGGAGAAUGUCAGCGACGACGUCAUUAUUGGCCGCUGCAUUGCGGUCCUGAAGGGCAUCUUCGGCAACAGUGCUGUGUCUCAGCCCAAGGAGACAGUCGUGACGAGGUGGCGUGCCGACCCAUGGUCUCGUGGUUCGUACUCAUUUGUGGCCACUGGCUCGUCAGGCAAUGACUAUGACAUUUUGGCAGCUCCCGUCACUCCGAGCUCGAACCACGUCACGCCAGCGCUUCCACGACUCUUCUUUGCUGGGGAGCACACUAUCAGAAAUUAUCCAGCAACAGUUCACGGUGCUCUGCUCAGCGGUCUGAGAGAGGCUGGACGAAUUGCCGACCAGUUUCUCGGAUGUCCCUAUGCGCCGAGCUGUAAUUGAAGUGGCCUUACUUAAACCUGUCGCUGACCACAAAUGCACCAUUUAUUGACACAUGAACAGACUUAUUUUUCUGUAUGCAGGGAGAUGAAAUUUGUAGCUGGGUGCCUUAGUGGUCACAGAAAUUACAUCAUCAUUGCAGUCACAACAGUGAAAGCUUCGCUCAAAGGCUCGGGCCAUUUUGUCUAAACUUCAUGUUAUAACGAUUCAUAUAGCCCAUCCUGAGUUCCUGCCAGCUGUUUGAAGCAUUGUCCAUUCAGAAGUACUACUGGUGCUGGACACCUUUGCAGUCACAUAGUUAAUGUUCUACGCCCAGUAAAGUGGCCUUUCAAGGUGUUCAGAAGCCUCACUUUUCACCUGCGUUCUUGUUUUCCUUUCUUUUUUUUUUUUUCAAAGCUUAGUGUGUCACUAUGGUUGCUCAAAAAGUAAUGCGCCACUUUUUUUUUUUUUUCUUUCCAGAAACAGCUUAACCUAAAAUCCGUGAAAUUUGAAAAGAGAGCAGCUCAUGUCACUUACUUUCAUAAAAUUUGUCAACAUUGUCUUGCUCAACUACUGCAACUCUGUGCCACUGUUAAAUUUGGGCAUGCAGGGAUUUCAUGCAAAAGGUUGUGCACGAAGCACCGCAUUCUCAGUGUACAAAUCAAGGUCUUAUGCCACAUCUUUGAGUGGCACAUUAUGGUACAAGCCCGAAGACACCACAAAAAAGUCCACUGUUGAUAGGAAUGCGCUGCUCCAUAAAUAUAAACAUUUUUUCCUUAUGCACACCUUAAUUUUUUGUUAGCUUGAAUUUAUGUAAAGCUGCUUGUUUUUAAGACAUCUUAAUGUGUUCAUUAAAAGCCUGUCAACACUAUAGAGAUGUUUGUGAAUUUUUCCUACAAUUCCUUCUCUCCCCAUUUCAGAAUACAAUCCUGGCUCGUGGUUUCCGACAUGCUUCAGAGAGCAACGCAGUUACAUAUUUGCGGGAAACACGUACAAAGCAGUCGAAAAUAUUGAAAGCUGCUAGCUUCAUUUCAGGGUGGGGGAAGAUGUGUAGGGCAUUACUCUUAGGGCCUCCAUCUUAUUUUAUGUUCCUAAAAAAUGAAUUUCGUUUUGCUUCAUAGUGUUAAAGGAGUCCUGACAAAUUAUUUUGGGCUCUUUUUCUUGCACUCAAUCAGUAGCUAUUGACAUUGACUUAGUAAUCAGUCAAUUUGCUACAGCGCGCGAAAGUAGUUCAGUUAUAUGCUCGUAUGUCGCAACCGGUCAUGGUUUCGAUUUCAAAGAGCCCUUCAUGCCCUGUGAUGUAAGAGCUUGUAAACAGCGACGAUCACUUGAGCGCGCAUACCUGCAAUGCACGUUGGCGCACCAUCUACCUUACCAUCUGUGCUCCUGUUUUGUCUGCUAGUUUGGUGGGAAACCUGUGCAUAUAACUGCAACCAUUGUAAUGCUUCGUUUGGCAGAAGUCCACUAUGCAGUAUAAUCCCGGCAUUGGAGUGUAGGAGAGUUUUAUCGUGCCUGCAAACUGCUUACCGUUUGCGGUUUACUGGGUGACCGGAGAGGUGUACGGCAGGAACAAUGCUGGUAGCGAAAUCUCGUGAGCGCGCAAAACUAAUAUUGAAACUUAGAUAUUCUACCUAACUGCUGGUGUAAAGCGUAGCGGCACAAUCGUUAACGUACCGCACCUUUAUGAUAGUUCCCUUCAACCAUAACGCUGACACGAUGAAAAAACAAAAACUGUCGAAUGCAUUGAAGCUGGACAAAUUGUCACAUGAUGUUGCCACCAGCUUUGCUGCUGCCUGCCGUGGCACCAGUAAUCUGGUAAUCCAUAAACGGUAAGAAGUUUGCUUCGUGUGCGGUCAGUGCAAAGCAAACAGUGCAAAGCAAACAGUGCUGAAACGUCUUUUGAACAGCAAGGCUAGCCAAUGAUGUUGCACGUCACCAAAAUCAAUUGCCGAAACUCGUGACGUAGGAUUGUUUACAAAUAGGACCUACGCUGAUGAUUACAUCGAUAGGUACUGCAUCGAUUUGUCCCUCGCAUGAACUUCAAAAUUAAAGUACACUCUAAGCUGCAUUUGCCAUUGAUACUUUACAGAUUAUAUCUAUCAGCUCGCAGCAAUGAAAUCUACCAGCUAUUUCGAGUUGGAAUUUUUUGUGUCAGUACCCGUUUAAGCUGAGGAAGCAAGUCUGAGCAUCAAAACAUACCUGCCAAGUCCUCCGAAUGUUUCAUAAAGUUUACCAAUAUGGGCUCGUUUUUAUGGUUGUUGGAAUGUUGCAUCCAUAUUUACGAAAAAUCAAUUCCGUCUGCAAAAAAAGGUUGACUCGUCAGUCUGCGAACUGUCCAUUGGAAUUGUUCUGAUUGUGAAGCAACGCUUCUUGCUUCGGACAAGUUUGUACAGACUAGUUCCUGAAGCAUGUGACAUCGGCAACGUAAAGGUCACUGUAAUCCAAAACAUUGUGUUGCUUGUCAGUCGUUGCUGUUCCAAGUUUACUGCUGCUUGCGUGCUGUGUCUAAAGGUUAAUAUUACUAAAAUCAAUAUAUUUUUAAGUGCUACUGUAUCCCCCAAAAGGCAUGUGCUCGGCAAAU